AAUCUACUACCGGCACCGGCGAGUGAAAGUGCAUUUUAUUCUGUCAUUAAAUAAUAAUAAUAAAAAUAAAAAACAGAACAUUGGCCGACAAAAACAAACUUUUUGUAAUUUUUGUAAACAUAACGUGGAGCAACGUGGAGCCUCUGCUGAUAUUUUGUUAGAAAACUAUGGAAAAGGUUUUCUUUUUGUUCUUCGUGGUGUAUUUAACGCGCCCAGUUUACACAGAGGUCAGUUCCUGCGGCUCCAGGAAUUUCCCGUGUGGAAAUGGAAAGUGUGUUACAAUGAGAUGGAUAUGUGAUGGUACAGAUGAUUGCGGUGAUGGCACUGAUGAGCUCCCUGCUUCCUGCAUGACAAAAACAUGCAAACCCAGCGAGUUCCACUGUGGUGGUAGGCUAAACCAGUGUGUGCCUAACAGCUGGAAAUGUGAUGGCAAGGCAGACUGUGAAAAUGGAGCUGAUGAAGCUGGCUGCAGUCUUAAACAGUGUGUGAAUGGUGAAUUCCGCUGCAGCAAUGGUCAGUGUGUGUCUCAGUCUUUUGUCUGUGAUGAGGAUCUUGACUGUGACGAUGGCAGUGAUGAAGCACAGUGUCAGCCCACCACCUGCAGAUCGAUUGAUUUUCGCUGCAACAACUCGUUGUGCCUGCCACGCCUCUGGACCUGUGAUGGAGAUACUGAUUGUUCCGAUGGCUCAGACGAGUGGCCUCAGAACUGCGGCCACCGACCUUCUCCAUCUCCCAGAAAGCCUUGCUCCAAUAUGGAGUUCCACUGUGACAGUGAGCAAUGUAUUCCAAACAUCUGGAGAUGUGAUGGAGACUCUGACUGCCUGGAUGGAUCAGAUGAGAAAGAUUGUGUCGUACCCACAUGCCGACCAGAUGAGUUCCGUUGUGGCGAUGGAUCAUGUAUCCAUGGGAGCCGCCAGUGUAACCAGGUGUAUGAUUGUCAGGAUAUGAGUGAUGAGCUGGGAUGUGUCAAUGCAACCCAUUGUGAAGCACCAUCCAAGUUUCAGUGUCGCAGCGGUGAAUGCAUCAGCAUGGACAGAGUUUGCGACAAGCAGCGUGAUUGUAGGGAUUGGUCCGAUGAGCCGCUGCGUGAGUGUGAUUCUAAUGAGUGUCUGUACAACAACGGUGGCUGCUCUCAUAUCUGUAAUGACCUAAAGAUCGGCUACGAGUGCUUGUGCCCUAGUGGAUUCCGAUUGAUAGGCAAAAAACGCUGUGAAGAUAUUGAUGAGUGUGCCGGUGGGGACACAUGUAGUCAAGUCUGUGUGAAUCAGGUGGGCAGCUACAAGUGUGAGUGUUUUGAAGGUUACCAAAUUGAUCCAGCGACCAAAGCCUGCAAAGCUAUUGGAACUGUAGCCUAUCUGUACUUUACUAACCGCCAUGAGGUGAGGAAGAUGACUCUGGAUAAGAGCGAAUACACACAAGUCGUCUCUCAUCAGAAAAACAUAGUUGCACUGGACAUGAACAUCGCCAACAAGGAGAUCUUCUGGUCUGAUCUGUCCCUCAAGAAAAUUUAUAGAGCUCCCAUGGAUGCAGCAUUAGACUCUUCUCAGCAUAGCAUUGUGAUUGACUCAGAUUUGGGUGCUGCUGAAGGGAUUGCAGUGGACUGGAUCCAUGGCAAUAUCUACUGGACAGACAGUGUACGUGGCGCCAUCUCUGUAGCCACAGGAGACGGAAUGAAGCGCAAGACCCUCUUUAGAAAAGACCUGACCAAGCCAAGGGCUAUUGUGGUUGACCCAAUUAAGAAUUUUGUGUACUGGACUGACUGGGGUACACCUGCUAAAAUUGAGAGAGGUGGCCUAAAUGGAGUUGAUCGCAGCACUUUGGUGUCUGAAAACAUCAUCUGGCCCAAUGGGAUAACUCUUGAUUUGUUGAACCAGCAUCUGUACUGGGUGGAUUCUAAACUGCAUACCCUUGAAAGCAUUGAUGCACAGGGAGGUGGUCGUCGUACAUUAAUUAUAGACCACGGCAGGCUGGCACAUCCACUAAGUGUCACAGUGUUUGAGGAGCAAGUAUUCUGGACUGAUGUUAAAAACAAUGCUAUCCUGAGUGCUAACCGUGUGACAGGGGGCGACAUCACAGAAGUGGCAGAACACCUCACAUCUCCAGAGGACAUUGUGCUCUUCCACGACCUGAAGCAGCCCAGUGCUAUGAAUUGGUGUAAGAUCAACAAUGGUGGCUGUGAGUUUCUGUGCUUGGCUGCACCACAGGUCAGCAUCUUCUCACCGAAGUACACAUGUGCUUGUCCUGACAACAUGAUGCUGGACAAAGAUAUGAAAAAAUGUGUUCCUGCUGUUGUUGUUCAAACAACAGCACCAUCAGUCUCGGCCAAAGUUCCUACUACAGCUCACCUUCGUUUAACCCCACAAACUAUACCCAAAACAUCUGCCCUAAGAACCACCAAAACCUCAGAUCCAAUCACCACCACUGUGAAGAGGACACAACCUACAGAAGCUUCCAGAGCCAAAAUCCCCACAGUCACCACUCAUUAUGAAGUGACCAACCAGACAAAUAGCCCCAAUGCUGGUGCUGCAGUUCAAAAAGAAACUUCCACAUUCUUUGCUCUUUACAUCACAUUGCCCUUGGUGGCAUUAUGUCUUCUGGUAUUUGGUGGCAUGCUGCUGUGGAGGAACUGGAAGUUGAAAAACACCAACACUAUUCAUUUUGAAAAUCCAGUCUACCAGAAGACCACAGAGGAUAAAGUUCACAUCUGCCAGAACUACAGCUCUGAUGGUUACUCCUACCUACCUAGGCAAGCUGUCAGUCUUGAUGAUGAAAUUUAACCUCUAUGCUAAGACUGACUACAGUCUAAUGCUGCUGUAGUAACAAGCUGUAACAAGCUAAAUGAAUGGAUUUUUGUUGAGAUUGUUGUUGAGUCCAAAGACAUGGAAUCACUUUUUAGAUGCGAUACCUGAAGCAGGCUCGUCCAGGCUCAUCCAGUGCAGGCUUCUAGGACACAUAGGGAAACAAAGCAACCUCAAAAAUCAUUAACCUCUCAUUGUAUAGACGUUCCCCACCUUACGAAAGAGUUACGUUCCGAACGACCGUUCAUAGCAUGAAAUCAAAUAAACAAAAAUAAAAUAUACUUAAACAAAUCGAAAUAAUUGAAAUACUGUAAAGGUUUUGUAUUAAGUAAUAAAAAAACAAUUAAAAUUUAUAUGAAAGAAUCACUUAAAAAAAUCAAUUCGCCCAAGUCCAGUGCGCAUCAUGUAGACUCGUUAUGGGCGACAACUUGCUAGCGGCGGCUCUUUUUUUGAAUUUGAACAAAUUUCACUGAGGACAGGUUUGUUCGUAUCUGCGAAAGGUUGUAGAAUAAAUGUUCGUAAAGUGGGGCGUGUCUGCACUUGAAAGAGAAAAGAAGAGAAUGAAUGUGUAUGUGUUAUGUGUGUAUGUAAGACAAGACUGUAUUAUUGGUAAAUGUAAUAUUGUAUCUAAAAGACUAUUGUAAAUUUUGUGUAUGUGGAGUUUGAUGUUUUGAAUGUUACUAGUUGUAGUUACUAGUUCAUUACAGAUUAUAUGGUAUUCUGUGCACUAUAUGGCCAUAUUACUGUUUUAUGCUUAAUGAACAUCCCACCACAGAUUUAGUCCCCUUUUUCCUAACAUUCACUCUUCUGGGAAGACCUUGCACUAGAUUUUGGGGCAAGGUUGUGGGGAUUUGCUCACUCAGUCACAAGUAACACUGAUAUUGGUUGAGGAUGUCUGGAGUUCAGUCUGUGUUCCAGAUUAUCUUAAAGGUAGUGGGGUUGAGGUCAUGUCUCUGUGCAGGACUCUCAAAUUCUUCUACUCCAGUCUUGGGAAACCAUUGGAAGUGGUGGCUUAGUGGUUAUGGUGUUGGACUUCAACUUAGUUAAAAUUCCAGGACCAGUAACCUACCACUGCUGGGGACUUAAGCAUGGCCCUUAUCAAGUUGAUUUGGAUAAGGGUGAGGCCAAAAAGAAUGUGACGGUCUGCAUAGAUCUUGCUUUUACAAAAGGCAUCCUUUUGUACACUUCCAACGUUGUGGCAUCACUCUGGGAAGACCUACAUGUGGGUUUGAUGAUCAGCUGACCACAAACUACUGUCCAUAUAGUGUACUGUUUUAGCUUCGGUUUUUCAGUGUUGUUUGUUUUUCACUGCAGGUUAUUUGUGUGUUAUUUUGUAUAGUGAUCCAUGUGAUUAAGAUGUGAGUCUUGUGCACGUAUGUCAUUCAUUUAUAAAGAUGUGUAAAUAUUUUACUUGUGUAUGUAAAUACAAUUUUUGUCACCCUAGUUUAAAUUUUAAAGCCUUCACGUGCACAUGAACAAAUUUCUUUAUUUAUUGUGAAAUACAUAUACUUUAAUUGACGUUGAUUUUAUCGACUUUAUCGAAAUCUAAUUCUGUUGUACAUAUGAUGCUAUAUUUUAAUAAGCUGAUGUAAUUGUCUACAGAAUGAUCUGAUUCCAAUGUACUUUUCAUAAAAAAGUUAUGAAUGUGGAACUUUCAUAACUACUUACUUUUUUUUCUUGGCCUGAUUUGAAAGAAAAAAAAAAAGAAAAGAUAAAUAAUAUAAGUAAAAGCAAAUACAUAUAUACAAUAUAUAUUUUUUUAUUGUUGUGGACAUUUUUUUGCAAUCUCAGAGGGUACAUCUUAUAAGCAGCAUUGUCAUGAGAAAAACUUUUCUUUUUGCAAUUGUUUUGGAUCAGUGCAUUUGCAUUAAAAAAAAUAGAAAUCACUAGUAAUCUUUGUAGAAAAAAGCUUUAGCAAGUUUACUGAGUUAAUAAAAUAAUCUUUUAUUGGUGAUGUUUA